AUGAUUCUCACGAGUGAUGGCUGUGUCUAUGGAUGGGGUGAUAAUAGAUACGGACAAUUAGGUUGUGGACCAGAUGAUAAACUAAUACGGGCUACAUUUCUAGUGAAUUUCAAUCCAAAUCACGAAAUUAAAAGCAUUUGUUGUCGUUCUUAUUGUUCAUUUACCAUAACAUCGGAGGGACAGGUGUAUAGUUGGGGUCGAAAUGAUUGGCAUAAUUUGGGACACAAUUCAUCGGAUAAUAUAUGGGAACCACAACUCAUUGCAGACAUGACUGUUGUUUCCGAAGUGAAUGAAUACAACCGUUUGUACGAAGAGUUGUAUCGAUUAGGUUCGGGAUCUUUUGGGGAAGUGAUGACGAAUUACGGGAAUGUAUGCGAGAAAUGCAAAAUUUGAUAAAAGUUAGGUCAGACUAUUGUGUCCAAUAUAUCAGACAAAUGUUUGAAAACAAUGUGUAUUACAUUGAAAUGGAGUUGUGUUCCCAUAGUCUGCAAAAUAUUCUUCAACAUAAACCACAAGUAUUUGGUCGACAACCGGAAGAACUC